GGAACGAUCGUACGCGCCGCGCGGAGCGGUCAUUGCCGAAGUUGGCUGGCACUUGCCUGGUACGCCGAUGUGGAGCGGUCGGUGCCUUUGAAGCAAGCCCUCUUGACAGCGCCGACGGGCUUGACUGCGCCGGCGUUAACGCCGAGAUCGCGUGUGUUGACGCGUCUCUAGCGGCUCUAGUGCUUCGACGUAAGAUUACCGACAAGCGGCAGCGAUGGCUUUGAGUGUAUGAGUGUCGCAUAUCGGAACCCCUGUCUCCCUCCACUGGAAUUUUUUUGGUGCGGACGCCGGGAGACUUGACUGUGAGGACGGUCGUCGAAACCUGCGUCGUCUCAGAGAGAGUUGGCGAUCGCGAAACGCUCCCGACCGAUCGGAACCACCUGGGAUCGGUGGACUCAGGGCGCACUCUCUGAGUAUCAGAGCUCAAGUCCACAACGGACGCAUCUCGGAACGGAAUGAUGGACACGAAAUAGUGGAAUAAGGUAAAUUGAGUCGCAUAUACGCAGUCCUGUGGAGAGAAGUGCGGGCUACGGCCCGGAGAAACAGCGCCAUGCUUUUCGGCGCAGAUUCAAUGGACAUGAAGUCCGGCCCCGGGAGGCGCGUAGUCCAGGCAGGUACCCUGAGCAUGACACCAGGCGGCAACGGGCUUGGUGCUCUGGGCAUGGCCGGUCUUCUACCGGGUCCCGAGUGCGCGGGCUGCCAGAAGCCCAUACGCGAGCGGUUCCUGCUCAAGGCGCUGGACCAGCUGUGGCACGAGGACUGCCUCAAGUGCGCGUGCUGCGACUGCCGCCUCGGAGAGGUCGGCUCCACCCUUUUCACCAAGGCAAACCUCAUACUCUGCAAGAGGGACUACCUCAGGCUCUUCGGCACUACUGGUCUCUGCUCGGCGUGCAACAAAACAAUACCGGCCUUCGAAAUGGUCAUGAGGGCCCGCGGAAACGUAUAUCAUCUGGAGUGUUUCGCCUGUCAGCACUGCAAUCACAGGUUCUGCGUGGGCGACCGCUUCUACCUGUUUGACAACAAGAUCCUGUGCGAGUACGACUACGAGGAGCGGCUGUCGUUCCAGAACGUGCCGUUCCCGGGCCACAACCCAAGCAACCAGCAGCAGCAGCAACAAAACGCCAACAACGCCUCGACACCCGGUGCAGGCGGCGGCGGCGGCGGAGGAGGAGGAGGAGGCGGAGGCAAUGGUAGCAUUGGCAACCACCAGGCGAGCAACCAGGGCAGUAAUAGCAACAGCGGCCCAGCAACCGGCACGACGACAACGAACAGCGUCGGUCGCCCGCCCAUCGGUACGCCUCCCGGCAGCGCCGGCGGCCCCAAUGCUAACAACGGCAACAGCAAUAGCCUCCAGCGGCUCAAGCGACACACGUUAGACAGUAUGCCCGUACAGGACGACGCGUCCAGCGGCUACGGCAGCCCCGACUCCAUGAUGAGCGACGGCAAGUGACCCAGGGACAAAGGCGGCCGCGGUCGGCACCACGCCGGACCCGCCGCCCUCGCCUGCAAGCAAGACCUGAGCUAAUGCGCCUUUCCUGGCCUGGACUAUACGCUGAGGCCACGCGUGCGCGCGCACACUUUGUCACCAUAGCCUUACGUUCGCGCGGAGUGCGGCUUAGGGGGGCGCGAAUGGACGUCGGGACAACGAAGCGUUGCGCUGACCAUCGGGCUCACCCAAAGAAAACCGCUUCUUCUUUCUGACCGGUAAAUAUACGAAGACCUGCGUGUGACCAGGAGAACAAAGAAAGCAGCGUCGUCGCGGAAAGCCGUGAAAAAGGUUUAACUCCGUGACAUUGGGUAUAACCUGGACGAAUGCGUAAGACUUCACUGAAGUGCGACUGGGCUGAAGUGUGUGUGUGCGCGCGUGUCUACAAUUGACUCGGGGUGACAUGGGUUGUGCCUGUGGGACCCAUAUGACACAAUGUGCCAUGUGAUGCUCCUCCUCUUGUUUCCCGUCGUAAUCUCGGCGGGGUCUCCCCUGCAACUGCGACACGGUGCCGGACCAAACCGUCCCCCGUCAUUGGGGCAUCAUCGUUGCGUUUCGUCAACUUAAGCUUGCCAGGACAGCGGAUGAAGCCAAGCUAAGGACUGGUGGACUCCGGACUGAAAAGAGAAUUAGUGCGUCUUCUCCUCCGUGGGACGUGAGGUCGUCUGCAGUUCUUCCAAC